AUGACGGACCCACCCGCGGGAGGGCCCGAGACACCUCCCACAAACACCCAAGAAACUACCGCUAGCUUCACUGAGGAGGACCUCGAAGCCAGGGCCACCAUCGAGAGCCGGAAGCGAACCCGGAGUGGAGAUGCCUUCGCCCCGUCGGAUCCAGCCGGCCGAAUCACGACCAAGGAAGUGUGGAAAUUGAUCAGCACGCUGAAGGACGUCAUCCGCCACCAAACAACGACCAUCGCAGCCACCCAAAAUGAACUUCAGGAGAUCAAGCACAACCAAAAUGUCCUCCAGGAACAGAACGAGAAACUUCACGAGGAGGUGAAAGCUUUGAGAGCAAGGAUUGAAAGUGCCCCGACAGUGUCUGCGACCAGGUCUUGGGCCACAGUCGCAGCCAACGGCAGCAAUAGCGCCUUCUCGCCGAGACACCAACAACCCGAGAAAGAGCAAGACUGCGUCCGAAUCAGCACCCAGAGAACACUAGUCGACCCAAGAGAUCAUGACAACAACGACGGAAACACGUUUGGGCGCUAUCUUCCUACCGAUGCUGCCAACACACACAUCCGCACGGCAUUAGGGAACGACGCUGCAACGCAAGACGCUCAAGUAGCUGGCAUCGGCACCACCAAAACCGGCUACGUCAUCCGAUUCAAGAACGCAGAGUCGGCUGAGGCAGCCCGCAACAACACCGAGUGGCUACAUAAAUUGGGCAAUAACACGAAGCUGGUAAAACCACGAUUCGGUGUCGUCGUACACCGGACCCCUACCGAGGAAUUUGACCUGGAAACAGGGGCCACUCAGGCAGCGGAGAAAAUCAUCGAAGAUAACGACCUAGCGGAGCACGGCUUCCAUAUCGACGAACUGGCCUGGAUGAAAUUGAAGGACAAGAUAUUGGGGAAAUUCGCAUCGUUAGGAAUCUGGUUUGACUCCGCAGAAGGAGCGGAACAUAUGCUGCGGAAAGGUUUCGUGGUCAGCCAGCACUUCAUCCCUCACGUUGAACGACGCGAGAUCAAGAAAAAGAGAUGUUUCCGGUGCCAACGGUUUGGACAUCUGGCAUGGUCGUGCAAGGAAACGCCACGAUGCGGACACUGCGCAGGCCAGCACGAGCGGGAGCGAUGCCCACCCGGCAUGCUAGAGAGAAACCUUCGCAUUCUACAGUUGAACAUGAUGAAAUCGGGACCGAGAAUGGAGGCACUGAUCAAUGACCCUCAGAGCCAAGAUCUGGACGUACUUUUGAUCCAGGGGCCAUCCAUUACAACAUAUCGCACGCAUGUCAACCACAGCGCCUGGCGACUUUAUCGACCUACGACGCAGACCGAUACAGUUCGAUUCCGCAGCCUGAUCUACGUAAAUAGACGAAUCUCUACCUCCUCUCACCGCCAGAUACUUUGCGACCACCCAGAUGUCGCAUCCAUUAAGAUCUGGUCAGCCGACUUCCAAAUCCUUCUCUUUUCGGGCUACAUACCUUCAGCACCGCUUUUCAUGGGUGACGACGAGUCGGCAUUACCAGCCCUUACAGCAAUACAAAACACUAUCACGGCCGCGAGGCAAAACGAGCAGCGGUCUACAAGCAUCAUCCUCUCCGGAGACUUCAACCGACAUCACCCACUGUGGGGCGACAAUCACAUCCCACCCAGAUUUAUCGAAUCUACACCUUCCGUCCGCUCAACACUUCUACCCGCAAUAAAGUGA